AUGGUGCGGUGUGCGAUGGUGUGUUUCCACCCCACGGAGCUGCAUGUCUUACUCAGCGGUUCACAGGACGGCACAGUCAAACUGUUCGACCUGCGGAAAAAGGAGAGUGCGAGUACUUUCCACGGCAGGUCCGAGAGUGUCCGGGACGUGCAGUUCAACCCACACAGUGUCAUAAGGGACUACUACUUCUCAUUUGCAUCUACUCAUGAGAAUGGCAACGUGCUACUCUGGGACCUGCGGCGACCGGACAAGGCCGAGCGUUUCUUCACGGCGCACAGCGGUCCUGUCUUCUGCUGCGACUUCCAUCCCGACGAUAAAUCGUGGCUGGCCACUGCCGGGAGGGACAAGGCCAUCAAAGUGUGGGAAGUGGUGCCCUACAAGCAGAUACAGGAGGUGCACUGCGUGCAGACUAUUGCCUCGGUCGGUCGGAUCAAAUGGCGACCACAGAGAAGGUAUCAUAUAGCCAGCUGCUCCCUUCUGGUAGACUUCAGCAUUAACAUCUGGGAUAUACGCAGACCUUACAUCCCAUUCGCAGCCUUUGAGGAACACAGAGACGUGACAACAGGGAUCACGUGGCGCCAGGAUCCCCACAUCUUUCUGUCUUGUUCCAAGGACUGCACGGUGUACCAACAUGUCUUCCGAGAUGCUAAGCGCCCCGCUGACCACGCCAACCCCAUGGGACUGUGUUUUAACGUGAGAGGAGACAUCUCGUUUGCUGCGAGUGAGGCAUUGGGAGGCGGAGCCAGGGGUAAGGGAGGAUCUGGAAUGUAUGCCUCCACUCGGCUUCCGUCUUUCUUCCGGAAAAAUCCGGACCCAACCGAACAGUUCCGUUCUGUGAACAGCAAUUUGAGCGUUUUUACAAACAGAAACCAGGAGAAUCCUACAGCAAUGGAUUGGUUUGUGAAGACAGCAGAAAACUAUUGUUUAACUGGUCGGCCCUUGUCAGAACUGUGUGAACACAAUGCACAAGUGGCACGCCAACUGGGGAGACAUCAAAUUGUGCAGACUUGGCUCAUGCUGAAGCUGAUCUUUGCUGGACUGGGUGCAGUAAGUGACAAAGGUGUUGUCACCAGUCCUAGUCUGGGUAGGAUAGUGUCUCUAUCCACUACUGGUGGUCAGGGUGAUCUACUGGACAGACUAUCCCAGCACAAUGAGACAUCAACAGUAACCGACAUGCAGGAGGCCAAAAGUGCGGAGCCAACCGGUAUAACAAAGGAGAAAGAUCCCUCGGAGCCAGGAGAUGCCGAGCCCAAGUCAGCGCUGCCGCAACCGCCAGCCACGGACAAUCCCGCGCACGCCGACCUCACCCAUGUGCACGGAGAUUUCUUCUUUGGUGACGGGGAGGGGGGAGGGGGUUACAACGACUACGACAGUCUGCCCAACAUGGAUCACAUACAAGACUGGACUCUUCCCGGGGAGGCGUUUCAGCCACGACACGAAAUCAUCGACCGUAACCCUUCCCCCGAGGAACUGGACAGGCCGGACUCCCCCACCAGUAUCAACGAAUCGGAAACGGUCAGUCUGAGCAACGAGAAGUUUCUAAAGGGGACGGUUCUGACGCCGACCCCCACCAACCCGUCCUUCCUGGACGUCCGGCUGCUGUCCCCCCUGGUGGUGGACAUGCUGCACCACUACGCCCAGCAGGGGGACGUACAGAUGACGGUGUCCGUCAUGAUCGUACUGGGAGAUCACCUGAAGGACCAGAUAGAGGAACAGAUCCAGGAACACUGGCUCAUGUCGUACGUGGACAUGCUGGGCUGCUUCAAACUGUGGAUGGUCGCCACGGAGAUCGUUAAGCUGAGCUACCUGAUCGGAGUUCCGAGUGUGGGGACGCUGAACCAGAACUCCACCUCCAUCCACUCCAACUGUAACCACUGCAGCAAGCCUCUGACACAGAAAGGCUGGCUCUGUACAAGAUGUCAGAAGCUGGUGAACACCUGUUCCGUGUGUCAUCACGUGGUGAAGGGCCUGUAUGUGUGGUGUCAGGGCUGCAGCCAUGGUGGACACAUCCACCACAUCCAGGAGUGGCUCCGCACCAACCAGCAAUGUCCUGCAGGCUGUGGCCACUGCUGCCAGUACACAUGAUUAACACUCCGCACCAACCAGCAAUGUCCUGCAGGCUGCGGCCACUGCUGCCAGUACACAUGAUCAACACUCCGCACUGCUGCCAGUACACGUGAUCAACACUCCGCACUGCUGCCAGUACACAUGAUUAACACUCCGCACCAACCAGCAAUGUCCUGCAGGCUGCGGACACUGCUGCCAGUACACGUGAUCAACACUCCGCACCAACCAGCAAUGUCCUGCAGGCUGUGGCCACUGCUGCCAGUACACGUGAUCAACACUCCGCACCACCAACCAGCAAUGUCCUGCAGGCUGUGGCCACUGCUGCCAGUACAUCUGAUCAACACUCCGCACCAACCAGCAAUGUCCUGCAGGCUGCGGCCACUGCUGCCAGUACACCUGAUCAACACUCACACCAACCAGCAAUGUCCUGCAGGCUGUGGCCACUGCUGCCAGUACAUCUGAUCAACACUCCGCACCAACCAGCAAUGUCCUGCAGGCUGCGGCCACUGCUGCCAGUACACCUGAUCAACACUCACACCAACCAGCAAUGUCCUGCAGGCUGUGGCCACUGCUGCCAGUACACCUGAUCAACACUCACACCAACCAGCAAUGUCCUGCAGGCUGUGGCCACUGCUGCCAGUACAUCUGAUCAACACUCCGCACCAACCAGCAAUGUCCUGCAGGCUGUGGCCACUGCUGCCAGUACAUCUGAUCAACACUCCGCACCAACCAGCAAUGUCCUGCAGGCUGUGGCCACUGCUGCCAGUACACAUGAUCAACACUCCGCACCAACCAGCAAUGUCCUGCAGGCUGUGGCCACUGCUGCCAGUACACCUGAUCAACACUCACACCAACCAGCAAUGUCCUGCAGGCUGUGGCCACUGCUGCCAGUACAUCUGAUCAACACUCCGCACCAACCAGCAAUGUCCUGCAGGCUGUGGCCACUGCUGCCAGUACAUCUGAUCAACACUCCGCACCAACCAGCAAUGUCCUGCAGGCUGUGGCCACUGCUGCCAGUACACAUGAUCAACACUCCGCACCAACCAGCAAUGUCCUGCAGGCUGUGGCCACUGCUGCCAGUACACCUGAUCAACACUCCGCACCAACCAGCAAUGUCCUGCAGGCUGUGGCCACUGCUGCCAGUACACGUGAUCAACACAGCACAGGGCUUCAAUUGCUGGACAUUCAGUUAUUCUUGCAGGGCCUUUAUCCAUUGUAUUUGAAGUUAUGUCAUACCUCGGCUGCAAUAAC